AUGCUUCCAGAGCGUCGUGGAUUUGAUGAAGAAAUGGAAAGAAUAUCCGGUAUUAUCAAUAGUGCCUUUUCUCUUUUUGACAACUGUUAUUGGAGUGUUCCAACACCGGCUUAUCCUGAACCUCGAAUCACUGUCAGCGUUCACUUUUGUAUUGAAGCCAGUAAAGUGAAACCUUCUCCUUUUCCUGUAGAUGUGACAUAUGUUUUCGAAGGAAAUAAGUUCGUUCAUCAUCCAAGUAUACCGUUUCAACCAAAAUGGUUACUUGAUAUCCUUGACAUGAAGAAGAUACUGUUCAAGUUAGCUCUGGAACGCGAUCUACUCCCCGAUUUGCAAAGAGGAAGGAAAGUCAGUGGCGAUCGAAGAAUCCAUAAUCAACCAAACCUAUCUUCUGCUGGUAGAUUUUCUAUUCAAGAAUCAAUUUCUGUUGAAUCUGAUGGAUCAAAUCUCAAGGACCAAAGAAUUCGUGAUCAGCUAAGUCUCUCUUCUGCUAGUGAAGCUUCUAUUCCAGUAGUUGAAUCUGAUUCUGCUGUAUCUAAUAGAGCAAAUUUAAAGAAUCAAGGUAUUAGUGAUCAAGCAAGUUUGUCUUCUCCUGGUGGAGCUUCCAUUGAAGUGGUUGAAUCUGUUGCUGCUAAAUCAAGUUUUGGAAUUGAUCAGACGGGGCAGACUCCACUUCAGUAUGAUAAAAAGAGAACACAUUUAUUUCAGAAGCAGGAGCGUAUAAUAAGGAAUUUAAAGAAGAAAUUGCAGCUUGUUAAUCAGCAAAGAAGAUUAGAGAGAGACGGGCAUAAUACAUACAAGAGAACUAUGACUUCCUUGUUUACUCAAGACCAAAUACUUACUUUUAUCAGGCAAGAAAGAACCGGAAGAAUGCCGAAACCUCAGAAAUGGUCCAACUCAACAGUUAAGAAAGCUUUAUUGCGCUUAAAUUCACUUGCGCAAAUACAGGGUACGAUCAACUUUUGAGACAAGGUUUUUCCUUUCCAUCGCGCAGGACUCUAAGUAGGAGGAUCGAACAUAUUAAAUUCAAACCAGGAAUUUCAGAUAAAAUGUUCCACUAUUUAAAAGAUAAAGUCGAAAGUUUUAUUAAUGAAAUUGACAAAGAGUACUCAGUAGCAUUGAUGAAGUUACUUUAACAGAAGGUCAAAUGUUUGAUCCACAAACUAAAGUAUUGUUAGGUCACAUAACUCUUCCGCAUGGUGUUGAUGGAACAGUUAAGCAUGCUAUUGUUUAUGUUUUAACGGGAACGGGUGCACGCUGGAAGCAGGUGAACACAUUGGCCUGCGAGUAAAUAGCGUUACUUUUUACAUGGACCCAAAUGACGUGGCUUGUUAGAAUUCAUUUGGCAUAACAGCUGGAAGAAACAUUGAAAUUAAGAACUCGAUUCCACAUCCUCAUCCUCAAGGAACUCCUGAUCGCAGAUGGAAACAAUUUUCCGUUCAUGGUAUGCAGUCGUGCAAAAAUAUGAGAGUCUGAAUUUAUUCGAUUUUUUCUUACCUAAAUUCGCAUUGAUCCAUGCUUUCAUUUAUCAUGUCACGACUUAAAAGACAAAAUAUUGCGCAGACUUUUACUAUUUCGUCUAAGAAUUUGUAAUCAACCUAAAAUCAACGAAAAGAAUAUUGAUAAAAAGUACUCUAGCAAAAGCAUGGCGAUGCAUACGA